AUACUAUCGACAUGAUAUCUUGAUUGCUAAUAUUGAUAUUGCCAACAUUGGCCAGGCUACAGGAAAGACGUAACUCUUGGUGGGUGGUGCGAAGGUCGGAGAUGAGCCGGGCAGAUCGUGCUGAAUUCGGAAAGGACAGCAAUAAGCCAAAACUCCCAGUGCGACCAGCUUGAACCCAGUAGUAACACGUGCAUGAUGAGGUAUGAUAAAUUAACAAAGGGAAUUGCGAAGAAGAACGCAAACUGAAGGAGAUUGCAAAGAAGUUGAGGUUGAAGGUCGGAUUUGAUCUCCGAAGCGGGAAAAUUUCAUGGUGACACAAAGACAACCACAUCUGGUCAGUAAGCCAACGCAUUCGACAUAGUCUAUUGAUUUCACGGAGCUCUGGACGCUUUAUGUCAACACAAUGUCUGUAGACGCGGAAUGGUUGCAGAGUUAUGCAACAGCGAGACAUGACUGGAACGGCAUCACACAGAACGGCAAGCAAUUGUUCGUCCGCCGAAUCGGCAUUGUCGAGUCGAUGUUUGAUGUCGAUGGAACAGAUUUCGAGGGGCGAGCAGACCUCACAAUACAUUUACAUAUUGAGGUCAGAACAUCUUCUACAAUCGACACUCUGCGAGAUAGGCUUCUCGAGGCAUGGGCUAUUCUGCGGCAGGAACAUGUGCUUCUCUCAACCAAGGUGACUGAGGCAACUAGCAUUGUACCAUCUGACCCUGCCUAUACUCACCAAGAUCGAGUCUUCGUCUUCGAGCCAGCAUCAAAUGUCGAAGACAUGCGAUCCAGCGCCAGAGAUCAUAUAGUGUUCGUGGACGACUUUUACCAUGAUGUCAAUCCCGAAGAGUUCUUCAUCCAUGCCCUGAAUUCGGGCCGAUGUAUCAACGCGUCCGAGGCUUUGAGCAAAAUCUAUGUCAUGCCUAUGAAAUUGGACAAAGAGGGCUUUUGCCAGCUGCACCUAGUCGUUAUUGCAGCUCACCAGAUAAGCGAUGGUCUCUCAUUUCAGAGAUGGAUGGCUAAUCUCAUUGACUUGAUCAAUUUGCCACCAAAGCAACUCAGAUCAUACGCGAAGCGUCUUUGCAGUGCGACUCCUUUGUCAAGACUUCCACCAGCACAGGAGUCUCUCUAUCCACCAGCCCAAGGGAACAGAGCUAAGCAGCGAUGGUUCUGGUUGCUAGCACGCAUUCUACGUCACACUCGAAUUUCACCUCCAGCAUCGUUCCAGAACCCUUUAAGAAGAAGAAACCCACUUCCAUCAGCCCUGGCGUUCCAACCCAAGUUCUCCAAAGUGCUUGACUACACAAAUGUCCCACCUCUCAACGGUUUCCGGGUUCGUGCUGAACUCAACGCAGGAUCAACUCGAAAAUUAGCCGACAUAUGUCGCCAGGCCAAAAUCAGCAUCGGCAGUGGCUGUUUCGCGUUGGUGGCGAUGGCGAUGAUGCUGUUUGAGGAGAAACGUAAUCCUCACGUGCCAAUGGAACAACGACGGCCUUUCGUGGGGUCGUUUCCCAUAAAUCCACGCCCAUUUCUGACAGCGAAAGCAACGACUGGGAGGGAAGACAGCUUGAUUCUUGCUUUCAGUGACGGUAUUACCUUACCUCAUCUGCCUAGUCACCUUGACUUUCAAGGCAGACUCAGACUGUUGGGGAAACAGGCAUCACGACAAUUGCGCCAGUACCAGAAACGGCCUCGGAAGCCAGAAGAAGAGAUCCAAAUGGGUUCCAAAAGCCCAUCCCAACUAUUCCCACUCCUCUAUCUUUCAACCAUCGAGCGUUUAGGAGCGAAAGCCACUGGAGAUCGAAGACAUGGUUGGAAUAUUCAGGGUAACUAUCCAGCUAAACGCUCGGCGACUCUCUCAACUUGCGGAGUAAGUUCUGUAGGAGCGCGAUCUUCCGUGAUUUCGUCCGGCAGGUACAACACACAGGAGCUACCAAGAAGCGAUAAAAUCAACGCAGACUUCCGCAAUCUAAGCACCACUGUAAGGGCAAGGGACGGGGAAUUUCUCGUGGGAGUGGUUGGAGACACCGACUGUAUUCGGUUUCAGGCCAGCUACGAUGGCUGUGCGAUUGAUCCUGAACUUGCCGAAGAAUGGAAGACAUGGAUAGAGACUGUUUUGGACCCUGAGGAGGUUCCAAGCGCAAAGCUUUAA